UUGAAACAAUUUCGAAAAAAAUGGCUGUAAAAUCCAACAUGAAUUUUUCUGAAGCCAUCAGUUAUAUUUUUUACGUGACCAAAUUAUUCGGUCUGAUACCGUAUUCACUAUCGCAAUAUCGUCAGCAUAAAAUUUUGGUUAGUUCAUAUUUCGGCAAUAUUCUAUCGAUUGCUGCGUUGGGCGCCUAUGUGUUUUACUAUCAUUAUGUUGUGACCCAGACUUAUUUCGAUGGCAAUCCCUUUAAUUCCGGUACAUUGACGACAAUUAUUGGCAUUUUCAUUUUGUACAUGGAACCAAUAAUGAUGACAUUGGAUAUGUUGGCAACGCUCAUCAAUCAGCGUCACUUGGUCCGGUGCAUUCAGCGUUUGGAGCAAGUGGAUGAAAAAUUGGCCAAAGAAAAUGUCCAAAUCGAUUAUCGAACUCUGAAACGGCUUUCGCUCAUUCUGAUCAUCGUGACUUUGUUUCGAAAAUUUUUAAUGAUGUUAUUUGGGUUUUUUGUGUUUGAAUUGAAUGUUGUGCAAUUGUGGUCGAUGUAUGUGCCGAUUUGUGUGAGUGUUUUAUCAAAAAUCUUUUUUGUAUUGAUCGUGUGUAACAUUCGUAAGAAAUUCGAUGCAAUUAAUUCGUAUCUGGACGAAUUGGCCAAUUCAUUGAAUUCGUUGAAUGAGAACAAUUCACUGAAUAAGAAUAAUUCGAAUGAGGAAACCGUCGGAGUUGAUAAUAAUAACGUGCAGAAUAAAUUCCAUACUCGUCCAACGAAUGCGCCAGCGGCAACAUUUCAACCGGGCUAUUUGCAACAGGAAAUUGUUGUGAAACCAAAACCGAAAUUUUUCCAAAUCAUGACCAGACCCGCUUUGAACUUGGUUAAACCAUUCGAAUCGCGAGAAUUUGUUGGAAACAUUGGGUUCUCUCGAUCCGGUCAAAUGAAUGAUUCGGUUCGAUUUCCGAUUAACGAAUUCCCUUUGGCAAGAAACGGACCAAUUGUGGUUGGUGACAAAUUUGAUAAACGGCUCACCAACUUGUGCUUUUUGCACGAUGAAAUAUGCGAAAUUGUUGGCAUUGCAAACUACAUGUUCAGUUUUCAAAUGUUGAUGCUCAUGGCGUACGGCUUUCUCGGGAUUACUGCUCAACUUUAUUUUGUAUACUGCGGCCUAGCCAAUCAACCUGUUCCCCGAUUAUUCCGUUCGGCUGAGAAUAUUGGCAUUUCAUCCGUUCUCAUCAUAUCAACGGCAGUUGUUUGCGUCUAUGUGAUUUACGUGUGUUGGCAAACGAAGAAUUCCGCCGAGAAAACGGGUGUGUUCCUGCAUAAAUUGGCCAAUAUCGUCGAUGAAAAUCAUUUUUAUGAAACCAUCAAUCAUCUAUCCUUAAAACUAUUGAACCAUCAGUUGAACUUCACUGCUUGUGGCUUCUUCGAUUUGGAUAUGACAACAAUUUAUGCAGUAUUUUUCAUUUUUUUUUCCACUCAAACGAAUUUCCUCGGGCGCAAUUUAAUGAUUGUUAUCCUUUCAUUGUCCGUUUCAUUUCAGAUCACGGGCGCGAUUACCAGUUACCUGAUCAUUUUGAUACAAUUCAAUGUCGCAGCGCAAAGAAGUAAGAAAUUAUACCUUCAAAAUGCGAAUAACAGCGCUUCACCAAUUGAAGUUGCAAUUAAAAAUGACUCAAAUGGCGAUUAAAAACAGCACAUUAAAUUCUAAUUCAAUGUUAACAAGAUUUUAUUGUGUAUUUUUACAUGUGAUUUGAUCACGAUUAGCACCUGUUCGAGUGAAUAAAUGU